AUGUCUCCGGAAUCUGAAACCUCCGGCGGCCUGAAGACGGAGCUCACUUUGGGUUUACCCGGCGAUUUGCAAGUUCAGAAGUCUGGUAUCAAGCGUGGAUUUUCCGAAGUAGUAGAUUUGAAACUGGUGAAUGAUUCGAAAGCCGAAUCUCAACCUCCUUCCACGACGCAGGUUGUGGGAUGGCCUCCAGUGAGAUCAUACAGGAAGAACUUGGUGAAAAAUUGCAAAUACGUGAAAGUAGCUGCAGAUGGAGCUCCAUAUUUAAGAAAAAUUGAUCUUGAAAUACACAGUAGCUACCAGGAUUUGUUGACUGCAAUGGGGGAUAUGUUUACAUGCUUAACCAUAUGUAAUGUGUUGAAUGAGAGGAAACUCGUGGACUCAGCAAAUGGUGAAGAAUAUGUUCCAACUUAUGAAGACAAAGAUGGUGACUGGAUGCUAGUUGGAGAUGUCCCUUGGAAAAUGUUUGUUGAAUCAUGUAAGAGAAUGAGGUUGAUGAAAAGCUCUGAGGCAAUUGGCUUAGGUGCAGCAGCUCCAAGUACACCUUCAAAGGGCUCAAGCACAAGCUGUUGA